GGCACUGAUGAGGAGGCACUGAUGAUGCUGCACUGAUAUGCAACAAUGAUGGGCACUGAUAGGCAGCACUGCUCAUGGUGGCAUACAGGGGCGGAGUGACAACUCAUGGGGCCCCCGGGCAAUAGGGGAUCAUGGGGCCCCUGUGUCCUUGCCCAAACUCAAAAAAGCCUAUGAAAAAGGUACCAGGGGCAUCUCAUGGGGCCCCCUACUUACCCCGGGCCCUCGGGCAGUGCCCAAGUUUCCAAAUGGUCAGUCUGCCCCUGGUGGCA